CAACACACGUGGAUGUGACCUAUAUUUCACAUCGUCAACAGCCUCCUCUGAGGAUACUGAGUACACAUGAGAGGCUACAUGCGAGAGAUGUUCUGCGAGGCCAGUAUUUGUCCGCCGGUCACGACCAAGUCUCACCUUAAAAGGCAGAUGUUACACCGAAGAGCAUCAGCGACAGCAACGACAGACAAUGGUACGAACCUCCCAAUGACCAAUAGUAACCCACUGCCAGUGACCAGGGGUUGUGUCAACGAUCGAAUGACCAAAUGAUGAAGCAGGAUUGACAAUGGCGACAGUUUUUCACCAUCAAGAUCUCACUGGAAUGUCGUCCCGUUUAAUGUUCAUUAUUUUAUAUUUGGCAUUUCUAAAUGUCUCAAAACUAUCAUAUGGCAUGUCAACUGGGGAUUUGCCGGCCAACGUGUCAUCCCUGGGAACAAGGCAGAACCUUCCGACUGGGUGGGAGACCAUGUGUAGGUCAGACACACAUCUAAACCCUUCUUUGGUAUCCAUUACUUGCACCGUGACACUAGAUGAUGUAUGGGAUUUAAAUCACUUCCGGAACUGGUCCGCCAUGUUGGAUAAUGACACUCGUGCUUCUCUUGACGUUAUUUGUGCACCUGGAGCCAGUGUCUGUCUCCCCUGGCCGUAUCGAGCCAGACAUCUGGACACUCUGAAGGUCAAGGACUGCAUCAACAGGUGCUACUUCUCGGACUUCAACCGACCGGAAGUCCUCGAAAUUCCCGACUCGCUGAGGGUGUUUGAAGGAUACGGUGUUACUGAACAGUUUAACGUAAUGGAUAUGUUGUCUGUUGACCUGAAGAGUCUCUCUCCUGCCAUGGAGUGUGGACCGCUGCUGUUGGAGGUGUACAUCUACAGGAACACUAAGACAGAUUUAAUUUUCCCAGAAGGUUUUAUGCCGAAGGGGAAUGACGAGAUCACUGACGACUUCGUACAAUCGACGCGGGACAUCAACAGCUUUAAACACAUAUGCAACUAUAGCAAUAUGAAGGUUUAUGAUUUGAGUCAAAGGACAGAUACUACGGCAGCCAUAAUAUAUUCCACUAUCAUCAACUCUCUAUUUCCUGAGCUAAAAACACUAAACUUCUCAAACACAGAGUUACAAGUUUAUCCUUCAAUGUUGGAAACAUGGAGACUCCGUUUUGAGAAGCUGCAAUCUUUGGAUCUCUCUCAUAACAACAUCUCUCGUUUUGAUUUGAGAGAUAUGAGUCUCCUCUCUCAAGAUAUUGGUCUCAUAAACCUAAGGUACAAUAACAUUCGCACGAUAGGCGUCCAAGAAAUACAUUCUUUUUCAAAAACGAAAGGCGCUGUAAUUGAUAUAAGAAACAAUCCUUUUAGAUGUGACUGCGCGAUGGCAAACUUUAGUAACUACCUCCAGAAGGACAUGAACAAAUUACUGGGUGUAGAUAAGGAUAUGAAUUACACCUAUCUUCGGGACUUAAAAUGUGUUACCCCAGAAAAGUUUCAAGGAAGAACGAUCAGAGACCUUUCAAAAGAAAUGCUGUGUUCUACGGAUACGAGAGCCUAUAUCGCUCAGAUCUCAGUCCUUAGCGUUGUCGUAAUCAUUUUGUUGAUCACUAUCAUAGUCAUGACAAGAUACAGGAAAGAGAUAACCAUUCUUGCUUUCACGCGUUUCAAUAUUACUCUUCCAUGUCAACCGAUUGAGGACUCAACCAAUAAGACAUACGACGCUUUUGUCGCCUAUAGUCACCAUGACACAACGUGGGUUGUGAAAACUCUCCUCCCUCGACUGGAGAACGGUGCUCCCGACGGGAGUAACUUCCGGUUGUGUCUCCACCAGCGAGACUUUGCAGUUGGCGCCGCUAUUGCUGACAACAUUGUUCAGAGUGUUGAGGCAAGCAGACACACUAUCCUGGUGUUAACCAGGAAGUUUCUGGAGAGCGAGUGGUGUUUGAUGGAGUUCCGCACAGCCUUCCACCAGAGUCUCAUAGAGAAGAAGAAACAUCUGAUUCUAGUGCUUCUCGAGGACAUCCCUGUGGAUGAGCUGGACGCGGACUUCCGGCGUUGUAUGCAGACAUGGACGUACAUUCACAUCGCUGACAAGCUGUUUUGGGAUAGAAUUGUUUAUUCCUUGACAGACAAAAGUAGAUCAAAAAAGGAAAUCAGCCAAUGCAAAUACAGAACGCUCUGACAGAAACAAUCCGCACACAACUCCGACAAGUGACUCUUGUAAUAAUGUCAGCAUAAAGUUACCAGAACAAUAUGAUCUCUGUCUGUAUAUUGAAAACGAAUCGAAGACAGCUGACCAAAUAACUGAUUUUUGAUUCGAAGAGUCAGGCUAUGAAUAAAUGCAGACUGAGGACCUGUCAUGAUUUGGGAGCAAUUUUCGACGGAAGUGUGUCAGUGUGAAUUAUAAAGUACUUGCUCGACGAUAUCACUAAACAAUUAAUUGUCAAUGUGUUCAUUAAACAAACUAUUCAUUCA